GGAUCCAACCGAAACCACCUCGCGCCCCCAAGAUUUCGCGUUCCCUCGCAAAUCCACCCGAUAAAUACCCCCCACCCCCCAAAUCUCUAAUCCCACGCAGAAAUCCCCUCCCUCACUCCCGCCUCCAAAUUCCAAUUUCUCCGAGCGGUUGCGGCGAGAGGCUUCGGCGAUGUCAGGUCGCGGUAAGGGCGGUAAGGGGCUGGGCAAGGGCGGCGCGAAGCGCCACCGCAAGGUGCUGCGCGACAACAUCCAGGGGAUCACCAAGCCGGCGAUCCGGAGGCUGGCGAGGAGGGGUGGCGUGAAGCGCAUCUCGGGGCUCAUCUACGAGGAGACCCGCGGCGUGCUCAAGAUCUUCCUCGAGAACGUCAUCCGCGACGCCGUCACCUACACCGAGCACGCGCGCCGCAAGACCGUCACCGCCAUGGACGUCGUCUACGCGCUCAAGCGUCAGGGCCGCACCCUCUACGGCUUCGGCGGCUAGAAGGCUUCUAUUGGUGGACUUGUGGUGGUGGUGGUGUGUGCUAGUGUAGUAUGGUCUCUUGUCGACGUUAUGUUCUGUGGCGGAUGGGCUUUACUCUUUGGGCGUCGUGGUGUUAGAGUUCUAGUCCAUUUGCUGCGAUACCUACCUUGCUGUUAUCAAUCGAAAACCCUCGGUUCAAGCCUCAGUUCUUGUGCCUCAAAUUAGGUUUGCGUAAUGGUUUAAGAUUCUUUAUCGA